AUAAACAGACUUUUCUCCACCCCAUGCAUCAGGACUUGCACUAUUUCCCCUUCCGCCCUGCGGACCACAUCGUGUGCUCCUGGACCGCCAUGGAGAGGGCCGACCAGGACAACGGCUGCCUGGUCGUGCAGCCAGGGACGCACAAGAUCCCCCUGCAGCCUCACGGCUAUCCAAACUGGGAGGGUAAAACCAACAAACUUUUCCAUGGGCUGCUUGAUGAGGAUGAGAAGACUCCCAGGGUUCACCUUGUCAUGGAGAAGGGAGACACGGUGUUCUUCCAUCCCCUGCUCAUUCAUGGAUCUGGGAUAAAUAAGACAUCGGGUUUCCGAAAGAGUAUAAGCUGUCACUUUGCCAGCUCAGAGUGCUACUACAUAGACGUCAAGAACACAACUCAAGAGAACCUGGAGAAAGAACUGGUAGAAAUGGUUCACAAGAAAUACAACGCGACUUCUGUGGAACUCAGGGAUAUUUGGAACUUCCGAGCACGGCUUGUGCGAGGGGAAAGAAUUAACCUGUAG